GCAGCUCGGGCGUCAGGCAGAGCGUCAGCGGCCAGGCAACUCAGCUUCCCGAAGGUUCUCUGUGCCCCGCGGCCCGCAGGUUCCCGGCACGCGCCUUCCCCGCACGCGCCUUCUCCGCUGCCAAGAUGCCCAAGAGGAAGGUCAGCUCGGCCGAAGGGGCGGUGAAGGAGGAGCCCAAGAGGAGAUCGGCGAGGUUGUCAGCGAAACCUGCGCCUGCAAAAGUGGAAACGAAGCCAAAAAAGGCAGCCGGAAAGGAUAAAUCUGCAGACAAAAAAGUGCAAGCAAAAGGGAAAAGGGGAGCAAAGGGAAAACAGGCUGAAGUUGCUAACCAAGAAACUAAAGAAGAUUUACCUGCCGAAAAUGGAGAAACUAAAAACGAGGAGAGUCCAGCCUCUGAUGAAGCAGGAGAGAAAGAAGCCAAGUCGGAUUAAUGUUUGUCUACCAUGUCGUAUCAGUGGGUCCUGUAUUCUAUCUCUCUUCUUGUACAAUCCAGAGGAAUAUUUUUAUCAACUAUUUUAUAAAUGCAAGUUUUUUAGUAGCUCUAGAAACAUUUUUAAGAUGGAGGAAAUCCCACUUCAUCCCAUUUUUUUAAAUGUAAAUGCUUUUUUUAAGAGGUGAAAUCAUUUCCUGGUUGUUUAUUUUUUGGUACAACCAGAAAAUAGUGGGAUGUUGACUGGUGGGAGGUUUUGACUAUCUUGGGUGUCACCUUAACAUUCCAUUGGGGGUGGGGGGAGUUUUAUAUCCCAUAGUUCAAAGCAUAUUAAAUG